GAAGAGCAGCUUUCGGUUGGUAUUGUUUUCGGAUGUGACGUAAAUUCCAGCCGCCAAUGUCAGGAGUCAUUUUCGCGGUAAAAUGGAAUGUAUGUGAUGAUUAGGUUUAUCUGAAGUUCUCGUCCUUCUCCUAACUUUUAGUUGUAACAGUAACAAAUACUUAGAAAUCAAGAGAAUUAACUCGUCGGUGAUUGUUAUGAAGCGACAUUUGAGCUCUGCCACAUUUGCAGUCUAAUAAAGAUCUGGUAACGUAAAUAAACAAUGGAGCCGGUAACCACAGAAAGCUUAAAAUUGGAGCUGGAAACGUUCGGCAUACACUGCCAAGAAGACGUCCUCGAUAAGAUGGUGGAGCAGUGUAUUUGUAACAGGAUGCAGGCAGGUGACAUAGUGGUAGAGUGGGUGGCCUACAGCACCACUAAAGAUGGAUUAAAACUCACCAUGGACACUGUGGAACAAUUUGAACAUGAGGUGUUGAAAAAGAAGAAUAAUUUUAAGCAAAACCUCAAAAAACAUGAAACUCAUAACAGAACCUGGGACAUCUACUCGAUGCAAGAAUUAAUCAAAGCUGAAGAAGAGGAGGAUAAUCUGCUAGAUUCCUACUCUACUCCUGCAAAGGGCUCUCAGAAACGAGUUUUAACCACCCCAGAACAUCCUCGUUCAAAGAGGAGUGCAGCUCUGCUGGCCAGCCCGGCCCUCCUGCUGUCUCCUACCAGCUUCUCUCCAAGUGCAACUCCCUCACAAAAAUACAGCCAGCGAGGGGGGAAAGGGGAGGUGGUGGUCACAUUUGGGGCUGUGCAGGGCACCCGCUGGGUAGGUAGGAAGGUUCCAGAAGCACGCGUCCAGCUGGAGCUGCUGGAGGGGCCUGAAGACUCCCUUCGAUGCAGCUACCAGUACAUGUUCCAGAGGCUGCGUGAUGUUCGAAAUGUGUUGUCAGAGAAGAUUGAGGAGCUUGGGGACAGCCUUAAGUCUCAAUUCCGCAUUGAAGAGUUCUCCCCUGUCUCUCUGCCCGCUCAGGAAAGUAUAACAGUGAUGGGGCAGGUGUGCUGUGACAGUAAUGGAAAGCUGAACGCACAGUCGGUUUUGUUGGAGGCAGGACCAGAGCAAGGUGGUCAGCAAGUACCUGUUGAUUUAUCAGAGCUCAAAGAGUACUCUCUCUUUCCUGGUCAGGUGGUAGUGAUGGAGGGAAUGAACACAACAGGGACGAAACUGAUGGCUUCCAAAGUCUAUGAGGGAGUUCCUCUUCCCUUCUACACUCCUGAGAUGAAAAUGGAGAUAGAUGAAGAGCCAUUGAAUGUACUGGUGGCUUGUGGACCGUACACUCCUUCUGACAGUCUGACCUUUGACCCUCUGCUGGACCUAAUCUCUCUCAUCGUGAGGGAUCGCCCUGAUGUCUGCCUGCUGCUGGGACCGUUUGUGGAUUCCAAACAUGAACAGAUUGAGAAAGCCCAGGUGAUUGAGACAUUUGAGGAGAUGUUCUCAAGAUGUAUCGAAAGCAUUGUGGAUGGAACCAAAAGUGUGGGCUGUCACCUGGUGUUUGUACCCUCCCAGAGAGAUGUCCAUCACCAUUUUAUCUACCCACAGCCUCCCUUCACCCUGCCAAACCGGAUCAGGGAUCAGGCCCAGCAUGUCACCCUGGUCUCUGACCCCUGCACCCUGCUGAUUGACGGUGUGACCAUUGGCUUGACAUCCACUGACAUCCUGUUCCACAUGGGCGCAGAAGAGAUCAGCUGUGGCACAGGAUCAGACAGAUUCUCACGCAUACUGAAACACAUGCUGACACAAAGGAGCUACUAUCCGCUGUACCCCCCUGUGGAGGACGUUAAUAUGGAUUAUGAGAAGUUCCAGAGCUUCGGUCAGAUGCCGCUCACCCCUGACGUUCUCAUAGUUCCCUCUGAGCUGCGCUACUUUGUAAAGGAUGUGGUCGGCUGUGUUUGCAUCAAUCCUGGACGUCUCACCAAAGGCCAGGUGGGUGGUACCUACGGCCGGCUGCUCAUUCAGCGGAGCGCCCCGUCAGAGGAUGGGAAGAGAGUGAGCCCCUGUUUGGCUGCUCAGGUGGUAAAAAUCUAACACGUGGAAAGACUCAGUGUUUAUUGUCACCUGAAGUAACCUGAUCAAAGACCCUGAGCCAUUUUGUGAGGUCAGGUUGCAAACAAAAAGCUGCACUCUCCAAACACCCUGAUGUAAAAAUGUAAAGAGAAAAUCUAAUUCUGUUGGGGUUUAGUCUGAAUGGUGGUGUCACCAGUCACUCAAAUACAGCCAC